AAAAAUACGAGACCAGUAGCAAGAGCACCAACGUCAUCAUAUAUAAUGGUAUCUCGUGAUGCCGUGAAACCGAAUUGCUUGUGCAAGGACAGGAUUUGUCAUCAGCUAUGGCGGCGGCAGCAGCAGCAGCCAUCAAAUUUCUCAACCUUGCCACCCUGAUCUUCUCCGUGCUCCUCCUUACCUCCGCAUCCGACACGCUCAACAGCGGCGGCAACAUCACCGACGGGGAGACGCUGGUCUCGGCCGGUGGCUUAUUCACGCUGGGCUUCUUCUCCCCUUCCCCGGCCGGUGUGCCAACCAAGAGAUAUCUCGGGAUCUGGUUCACCGCGUCCGCGCCACCAGAGGCUGUCUGCUGGGUGGCCAACCGUGAGGCCCCACUCAACAGCACCUCCGGCGUGCUGGUGAUGGACAGCGCUCGGAGCCUCCUACUCCUCGACGGCUCCGGCCAGACCGCGUGGUCUUCUUCCAAGACGAACACGACGGCACCUGCGACGGUGGCCCAGCUCCUCGAGUCCGGCAACCUGGUCGUGCUCCGCGACAAGACGAGCGGCGGCGGCGGCAGCGUCCUCUGGCAGUCCUUCGACCACCCGUCGAACACCUUGAUCGCCGGCAUGAGGUUCGGCAGAAACCCGCGGACCGGCGAGGAGAGGUCCCUCACGUCGUGGCGCGCGCCCGACGACCCGGCGCCCGGGGACUGUCGCGUGGCCUUGGACACCAGGGGCCUGCCGCACGCGGUCGGGUGGCGGGGUGGCGCCAAGCUUUACAGCUCGGGCCCGUGGAACGGCCGGUGGUUCAGCGGCUUCCCGGAGAUGGCGUCCUACCCCGGGAUAUACUCCAUCGAGGUGGCCGUACGCCCCGACGAGGUCGCCUUCGUCUUCACCGCCCUCGCCGGCGCGCCCUUCGCGCGCCUCCUGCUGACCGACGAGGGCGCGAUUCAGCAGCAGACGUGGAGGGGCCCGGCCGGCCGGGGCUGGAACAUCUGGGAUGCGUCGCCGAGGGACGUCUGCGACGCCUACGGCAAGUGCGGCGCGUUCGGACUGUGCGACGCGGUCACGGCGUCCACGCUGUUCUGCGGCUGCGUCCACGGGUUCAGCCCCGCGUCGCCGUCGGAGUGGUCCAUGAGGGAGACCUCCGGCGGGUGCCGGAGGGACGUGCCGCUGGACUGCGGCAAAACUAACGGGACGCCGACGACGACCGAUGGGUUCAGGGUGGUGCGGGGAGUGAAGCUUCCCGACACGGACAACGCGACGGUGGACAUGACGGCGACGCUGGAGCAGUGCAGGGCGAGGUGCUUGGCCAACUGCUCCUGCGUCGCCUACGCCGCCGCCGACAUCCGAGUCGGCGGCGAUGGCAGCGGCUGCGUUAUGUGGGUGGGCGACAUCGUUGACGUACGCUACGUAGACAAGGGGCAGGAUCUCUACGUGAGGUUGGCCAAGUCCGAAUUAGAUGACGAGAAGAGGAGGGCUGCGGCAAAACUAAUCGUGAUCCCAGUCACGGUAUCUCUGCUCGCGCUCACGGCUGUCCUGGGCAUGUACCUUGUUUGGAGAUGCAGGCUUAGAGGUAGAGCCAGUUCACUCAUGUUCCUGCAAGGCCAACGUCCAAGCAAUCAUGCCCAGACGAAAGCGAUGCUAGGUUUCUUGAGCAAGACAAGUGAACUUGGAGAUGACGAUCUCGAUCUUCCACUUGUUUGCUUUGGAGAUAUCGUUUCUGCAACGAACAAUUUCUCCGAGGAGAACAUGCUCGGACAAGGAGGCUUCGGCAAGGUUUAUAAGGGUGUGCUGGACGACAGAGAAGUCGCAAUCAAAAGGCUUGGUCAGGGUUCUGGACAAGGUGCAGAGGAAUUCAGAAAUGAAGUUCUCCUUAUUGCAAAAUUGCAGCACAGAAACCUUGUCAGACUUCUUGGUUGCUGCAUUCAUGGAGAUGAAAAGUUGCUCAUGUAUGAGUAUUUACCCAAUAAAAGCUUGGAUUUCUUCAUUUUUGAUGCUGCAAACAAAAAGGUCCUUGAUUGGCCAACAAGGUUCAAGAUAAUCAAAGGAAUAUCAAGGGGACUUCUCUACCUCCAUCAGGAUUCAAGACUGACUAUUGUUCACCGAGACCUCAAACCAAGCAACAUACUGUUGGAUACAGAUAUGAGCCCUAAGAUAUCAGAUUUUGGUAUGGCAAGAAUCUUUGAUCGGAACCAACAAGAAGCAAAUACUAAUCGAGUUGUUGGGACAUAUGGUUACAUGUCUCCUGAAUAUGCAAUGGAUGGCGCAUUUUCGGUCAAGUCUGAUACAUACAGCUUUGGUGUCAUACUCUUGGAAAUUAUAAGUGGUUUGAGGAUCACUUUAACUCGCUUCGACAGCUUCCCUAACCUGUUAGCUUAUGCGUGGAGCUUAUGGCAAGAUGGUAAGGCAAUCGACCUGGUGGACCCAUGCCUUGUUGAGACUUGUUCACCAAGUGAAGCUUUACGGUGCAUUCACAUAGGACUGCUGUGUGUGCAAGACAAUCCAAACAACAGGCCACUCAUAUCAUCGGUUGUGUUCAUGUUGGAGAACGAAACCACAGCACUUUCAAUCCCAAAGCAGCCUGUAUAUUUGGCACAACGGUAUUCAGAAGCCCAGAGAACAACAGGAGAAAAUACCAGCAGCAGCUCUGUGAAUAACAUGAGUGUCACGGUGUUGGAGGGACGGUAGAUGGCCAGGUUGUGUGUGUGUGUGUGUGUGUGUGAAGCGCUUUGUUUUGACAGAAUGGUAACGCACUAGUAGUUUAUUUUAGAAUUGCUACAUUGCUAUUGUUGCAUCUUCAUAACAUACGAAGAUCCAUCUAUGUAACCAGUUGUUGUACUAUUCUAAAGUAAUCAAAACCGUCUAAAUAACCCUCUAGGGUGUUAUGCCA